AGCGACGGGCAUAAUUAAAAGUUACUUCAUGACGUUUCAUGAUUCCGCGAAGGCAAGAAUCUGAGCUUCCGGCGUCGUUCUGGAAAAUCAUGUCUGAACCUGAGACCGACAGUGACAGCGACUAUGGCUCUAAGAGCCCUCACCUCCCACCCUCGAAAAGACGAAGAAUCAUCGAUCCCUCAGCGGUGACAACAGUGCCCAUCUACUCCAACAAGGUCAGCACAAGUUUGCAGCUGAAGCCUUCCAUCUUGCCCGACAGCUCAGUCAGUGAAGAUGCAGGUGAGCUCCCUCUCUGGCCUGAGUCACAGACUGCGCCCAGAGCGGAAACCAAAUCCAUCACGGUGGCCCUCUCGGACUCGGAGGAAGAGCCAGAAGAAAACGGAGUUCCAGAAACGAUCCAUUCGCCGUCUCCACCCCCACCACCCCGAAGACAUAUUGCUAAGACCACCAGACGAGCAAACCAAAAGAUUAAAGAGAUCAACAGGAAAUUAAAUGCUAUUGAUUCGCUCCUGUCACCAGCACACGAAUUCGGGGCAAGUGGUGAUCACCGCAAUGGCUCUGGUAACCAUGACGAUGACGACAUCAUUGUGGUGUCUGAUGAGAGUCCUGUGUUGGCGCGCAACCGGGAGUCAAGGGACAUACAGCUGAAGUUCCGCUGUCGCGCUAACUUGUACAAGAUUCCCAUGCAGUCAACCGCGCCCUUGAGGAUGGCGGUGGACCAGCUUUCGGAGAAGUUAAGAGUGCCGCCUGCGCAGAUACUGCUCUUAAGGAGGGACAGCGAGCUCCCCGUGGACAGGACUGCAAAGGAGCUUGGCUUGGGCAUUGCGGACAUCAUCGAUUGUGUGGUGAUACAAGAGGAGGUGGAAAAAGGAGGGAAGAGGGACAUGAUCACUGUGCGACUACAGGGUAAAGAGAAGGGCUCCUCGCAGGACUACUCCCUUCACAAGGAUGCCCCUCUCGGCUCGGUCCUCUCUCAGUAUCUCUCUCGGAUGACCACGGGCUCCAAAAGCAAAGUGCGCUUUCUGUUUGAUGGGUCAAAGGUUGCUGAGAGCCAGACCCCAUCACAACUGGACAUGGAGGAUGGCGACGUCAUUGAAGUGUGGGCCUGACGGAGCCGAAGCCCUGAACGGGAUUUCGUUUCACGCACCGGUUGCAGCAGAUCGUUCUCAACAGAUUUCAAGUAACGUUCUGCGCUCGGCAGCGCAGGACGUGUUGUUAGCGUGUUGUUUCUUCAUACAAUACACAUACCCGUUUAAUACAUUUUAAACGAUUUGUUCUGUUGCAAGAAUUUUUUUGUAUUUUCUCUUUGUAUCUGUCCAGUAUUAAAAUGCGUUGGAGCCAACAAGCUUCACCAAGUAACACAACUUUGUGCUGGUAAAUACAGUAGGUGACGCAUCUGAAGGUUCUUCACGUCUUCUAGGCCUCGGACACCUUGAAGAAUCCAGCUUGAGCGAAGCACCCCCUCCUCGAAAAUGGAGGAAAUACUGCAGUGAAAGGCCGUUCGUUACCUUUGCUCGGAAUGACACCGUAGGCAGUUGCCCGUAGGCGGCGGGCGAUGUGGUGCCUUUGGAGACGCACUUUAUUUAAAGAAACUAGCAGCGCUGACGGACGCGUUCGCAGCGAUUUAGACCGCGUGGUUGCCCGUCAGCGCCGAACACAUACUGUACCCUGUGGUACUGUACUGCAGCCUCCAUUUCCUGUCAGCAAAUUAAUAACAUAAACAUAUUAGGAAAGAGAAACUUUGAAAAGCCGAAGAAGAGCUGUUACAUCGUGGUACAGUCACGGUAAAUUCACUGUUCGCGCUUUCUUUGCGCUCCCAAAUAGUUCUAGUUCAACCUCUACUUAUUACGUCAUCGGACUGCUAAUGGACAGGAGCGCGCGACUCGCCCUGUUCCUCUCCUAAGAAACACAGCGAGUUACUGUUGUACCGGUGUCGGUACUGUACUGUACUGCACUCUACUCCUGGAUUAUCCUGUCCUUCACUGAAGCGAUUUGUGCGGUAAAGGUGUCAGAGACUCUUUCCAGGGCCGCACUCUGCUCUCUUUCUUUCCCCCCUCGGCCUUAAGUGCUUUAAUCUGUUCUUUGAUCAUUUAUUGUGUUUUCCGGGGCAGGAAAAAAUUCCACAUACUGCACCUGUCGCACUAACAACACUUUUCUCACAACAAAUGAAAACGGAGCACCGCUCAGUCCAAUAGGAGUGGAAUUUAAUUAGUUUUAAGUUAAGCUGCGAUGGACUGGCGUCCCGCCCGGGGUGUAACGCCAAACCCUCCUGGAUGGGCUCCGGACUGCCGCGACCCUGUCCGGGACAAGCGCUUUGAGAAAAUGACAGAAGGUGAGUUUUAAUUUAAUUUAAUUUAAACCCUGAGGUGCAACAAAACUUUUCAACUGUAGUUCCCAGGGGUGUGUCGUGUCGUGGUGAAGGUGCUGUGCUCUGGAGGUUCAGAGGUUUUAAUUAAAAAAUUUGAAUUUUAAAUUGGGCGGGGGGUCCAUAUUCACUUAUGAAUCAUAACUCGCAGCGAAGGCAGCAUGUUUGAUGAAGCCACUGAUGGAUUAUGCGUCGUUUAAAUUUGUUUACAUCCAGGUUGUUGAAGAACACCGCAAAAUGAAAUAAGUAAAAAAAUAAGACAAGAAACUAUAAUUGAGGCAUGUUUUAACUAUUCCACAUUUUGAGAAAAAUAUUGUUUUUAAACAUAGUUAAUUCAUAACUUUUCACCCACAGGAUUCAUACAAUAUAUUUU